AUGCUUUUAAAGUAUGUUGAUGGGGAGACAUGUCACGACCUUUUUCUCCUCAUGGGAAAGUACAGCUUGUUACCCUAUGACACAAGCAAGGAUAGCAUAUAUUCGUGUUCAGAAAUAAAAGGGCUGAAAUUUAUGAAUCCGUUUGGAGUUGCUGCGGGAUUUGAUAAAAACGGGGUGUGCAUUGAUGGCAUUCUUAAGUUAGGUUUUUCUUUUAUAGAAGUUGGGACGAUCACUCCUAAAGCACAGAAGGGAAAUGACAAGCCAAGGAUCUUCAGAGAUGUGGGAACAAGGAGCAUUAUAAACUCUUGUGGAUUUAAUAACAUCGGUUGUGAUGAGGUGACUGAAAAUUUGAGACGCUUUCGGGAGAAACAGAAGACGGACAAACUGUUGCAAAGACAUUUGGUUGGUGUUAGUUUGGGUAAGAAUAAGGACUCUGCUGAUAUUUUGGAGGACCUCAGCUAUUGCAUCGCCCGGGUUGGAAGGUACGCAGAUUAUAUAGCCAUUAAUGUGAGUUCCCCCAACACUCCCGGGCUGCGCGACAACCAGCAAUCGGAGCGUCUGCACGGGAUUAUUCUGCGCGUGAAGGAGGAGGUGGCCAAGUUGGACGGGGGGAAAGCGGCCGUGGGGAAAGAGGUGGGAAAAGCGGCCUCGGGGAAAGCCGCCGUGGAGAAACCCUACGUGGGUGGCGAGCCCUGGGAGAACACGACCAAGCGAAGGCCCCUCAUCUUCGUGAAGCUCGCCCCAGACUUGGAAGAAAGCGAAAAAAAAAAAAUUGCAAACGUGCUGCUCAAAACGGAAGUAGACGGGAUGAUAAUUUGCAAUACCACCACGCAAAAGUUUAACAUAAAAAGUUUUCAAAACAAAAAAGGAGGAGUCAGUGGAGAAAAGCUAAAAGACAUAUCAACAAAUUUUAUUUCGCAGAUGUAUAAUUAUACGAAUAAAAAUAUCCCCAUUAUUGCAUCUGGGGGGAUAUUUACUGGGAAAGAUGCGUUGGAGAAAAUCGAGGCGGGGGCUUCUGUUUGUCAGCUGUACUCUUGCUUGGUCUUUAAUGGGAUGAAGGCUGCUGUUCGGAUUAAGCGUGAGUUGGACCACUUGCUUUAUCAGCGGGGGUACUACAAGCUGGAGGAUGCCAUUGGGAAGGCCCACCGACGGGGC